AAGUAUUAUACUACGUAAGACUACUUGCGAGUUGCAACUAUCAUCCGCUCUUAAUAUCAUCGAGUCAUCGAGUAAAUACAAUCAUAUAUUACAUGUAUGCACACAAACACAACUGUUCGGUGUAUAUAUGUAUUUGUACUGGUGUGUAUAUGUAUAUCUUGUAAUAGUAUUUUCAUCCGAUUAGGUGAAAUGGGUAGUUGAAAUUAGUAAUCUUUGUUGUAAUCGAUCACCGUUGAUCUUUCACUAUCAAUUGUUUGAUUCUGUUUUUCUUAACUCAACUUGUAAGCAAGAUUGCUUCUUUGGAUUUAGCUCAAUUCACUUGUGUCUCUAAUGGGUUCUUGUAAUAAGUCUGCUGGUACAACAUUUGAUUUGGUUGGGUUCUUUUCGAUUGUUUUACUGCUUGCUGUUAUUGUUCCGGUGGCGGCGCUAAGACCCUUGAGGGAGGCUGCUCAUUCAUGGGGUGAUGAGUGGCUUGUGGUGAGGAAGGAUGAUAAUGAACCUGCUUCAUUUUCAGCUUGGAAUAUAACAGGAACAUAUCGAGGUUCUUGGAAGUUGCUGGAUUCUACAAAUAGCACAAUCAGGUUUCCGAAAUUUGGAAAAUCCAACGGAAAUUCUGUCCUCGAAUUAAUUAGUACACCAACAAAGAUUAAUGGUGUGCAUUAUGUUCAGGGGGUGAUUAUAUUCCAUGAUGUUUUUGACAAUGAACAUGAAGUUGGUGGUGCUCAAAUCAAGGUAGAAGGGGUAUAUAUAUGGCCUUUCAGACAACUUAGAAUGGUAGCCAACAGUGGAAAAGAGGGAGAAUUUGGACAUGAAGACGACUACAUUCUAUCUAAUCCAUAUCACUUGCUUGGAGUUUUCUCAUCCCAGGUGUUUCAAGAGUCUCCACGAGACAAGAUUUGGAAGCGGAAGCACUCACCUAUAUAUGACAUCGAGAAACAUUGUAAUAUUGAGAUUGCGGCUCAGAUAUCACGUGUCCCACCGAUGCAAAAUAAUGGAGACCGUGUUCAUUAUCAUAUAGAAGGCUCAAUGGAAAGCCCUUCUGUAGAUGAUGAUGGAGAUUGCCUUCAACCCAUGUUACUGAAUGCAACUUCUGUAAACACUGAGGUUUACUACAACAAAGCAGUUAAUUACACUCUGAUGGUCACUUUUAUUUCUUUCCUUCAAGUUCUUCUUUUAAUUCGGCAAAUGGAACAUAGCAACACACAAUCUGGAGCUGCCAAAGUUUCAAUACUGGCUAUCGGGCAACAGGCUAUCAUGGAUGCAUACCUUUGUCUUUUACAUCUGACUGCGGGAAUCCUAGUUGAAUCCUUAUUUAAUGCGUUUGCAACCGCUGCUUUUUUCAAAUUUGUUGUCUUCUCCAUAUUUGAGAUGAGAUAUCUUCUUGCCAUAUGGAAGGCAAAUAGGCCUGCAAAUAACGGAGAGAGUUGGGAAGCAAUGAGGCGGGAACUUUCAGUUCUUUAUAGUCGUUUCUACGGGAUUCUCCUAGGUGGUAUUUUGGUCAUGUAUGAGUUCCAUAAAUAUUUGCGAUUUAUCCUUCUCCUUGUGCACUCCUUUUGGAUUCCUCAGAUUGUCAUCAACGUUGUUCGUGAUUCAAGAAAACCGAUGCAUCCUCAUUACAUUAUAGGAAUGAGUCUCACUCGGCUUGCAAUUCCGUUAUAUAUCUUUGGCUGUCCUCAUAAUUUUAUGCGCACAAAGCCUGACAAGGAUUGGUGCAUCUGUUUGGGGGUUUUUGUUGGGUUGCAAGCGUCAAUUCUUCUUCUACAGCACUAUCUUGGUUCUCGGUGGUUCAUUCCUCGUCAGAUUUUGCCAGAAAAGUAUAGCUACUACAGAAGGUUGGAUCAGGACAUAAACCAUGCCACAGACUGUGUCAUUUGCAUGACAGCCAUUGAUUUCUCUCAACGUCCAACUGAUUGCAUGGUGACACCAUGUGACCAUUUUUUCCAUUCUGGUUGCUUACAAAGGUGGAUGGAUAUAAAAAUGGAGUGCCCAACUUGCCGUCGUCCACUUCCACCAGCCUAGCAAGAUGUUUUGUGUUACUGCAACUUUAGUGACACAGCCCAACUUGUUAAAUGUGGUUAUGAAGUGAUGAGUUUAAACUAAAGAGAGAACAAUCGGUUUAGGAACGUAAUGGAUACAAGAGUACAAGUGGGCGACAUAGUUUGUCUUUUGUAUGUUGAUGUAAUAUGUUCUGAAAGUUUAUAGUUUUCUUUAGUUUUUAGCUUCCUUCUAUUGUAAUUAUUUUCCUUUCAAAAGUAGGUUUAACCUGGAAAUAGCCACCUUUUCUAAGGAAGAUUAAGUUUGUGUAGUUCCCGCUCAUGUUUGUAUGGAUGUAAAUACAUUUAUGUAUAUCUAUAAAGUAUAAACCAAAGAAAACAAUAUUAACUAACAUGUCAAAUAUUUGUUGAUGUGUGGUACA